UGUGAUGCAUGUGAUUAUCCGAGCUCCUGGGACACGCGAACGCAGCAAUCGUUAACCGCCCACUCUGCUUGGGCAGGAGCAGCUCGCGGAGCAGGAGCUGCCGUGGCCUCACAGACAAGACGGUUUCAAGUUACACUUCGACCGGGCUUUGUUUCAUUUCAUAAUCAAUAAUCGCGGUUUGGUCGCUUUAUAUCCGUACGGACAGUUUCAGGUUAAGUUAAGGUGGUCGUUCAAACAAUAAACCCAGGUACACUUUGGUAGAAAAGGCAGCAGAAGAAGAAGACAAUGUGGCAGACGAAGAAGCAGCAAAGUUGUCGCUUGGCUGUCAUGUUUGCUACUUGUUGAACACACUGCCAGGGCAGCCUGUAGAGAAAGUGAUGGCACAAUGAUGGCAGAGCUGCAGAUUGACCAGUCUAGCCUCCCCCGUGUCCAGGAAGUGCGGCAGAGUUUUGCUGUGUUGGAAGAUGGUGUGUUGGCACAUAAUCUGCAGGAGCAGGAAAUCGAGCAGUACUACACCACCAAUAUCCAGAAGAACCAGCUGGUGCAGAACGACAUCCGUGUAGCCAAGCAGCUCCAGGAUGAGGAGAAGGAGCAGCAGGCCCAGCAGAGAGCCCUGCUGAGACAAACUUCCAGACGACUAGAGGAACAGGACUUUGAGUAUGCCCGUGUUAUUCAGGAGGAGAUCCAGCAGACAUCUGAGGCAGCCUGGAGAAGGGAGCAGGAUGAUGAGGAAAUGGCUAGAAGAAUGCAAGAGGAAGAAGAGCAAAGGAUGAGGAGAACCCGAGAGCAGGAGGAGUACUCUGAAGGCAGCUCCAGCGGUUCUGCACCGCCAUCACCAAACCAGUUUACACUCGACCGUCAACAUCAGGGAGAGGUGCAGUACUCACCUACCACCACUAGGUGGCAUGACUCUAACACACUUAACCAUCCAGACUUCAGUAGGCCUCCAGAUUACUACCCAGGCAGGAUAGAACCUCACAAAACCAUAACUGUGCGGUCUGAUAAAGGACAUACACACUCCCGUCAAGAACUCAGAAGGGAAUUAGAAGAGAGACAGAUGCAUGAAAAUUGUGAGGACUAUGUUUAUUCGGAAAACCAACCAAUUAAAAGACACAACACAGCAACCCUCCAUCGCAGAUCAUCCUUACGUUUGCCUCGAGAGAGAGACUACAGGACUCUUACCAGCAGGAUCACAGAGGAGUUUGAUUGCUGGGAGAAGUAUUAUGAGAAUGGUGAUAAAGACAAGAGGGGGACCAGGGACUUGAAGCGGGAAAGGAGCUCCAGAGUGAAAAAUGGGUCUUGGACAAUCUCCAGUAAUGAGAAUGGAGCUUCAAGGUCAGUCGAGGUUGGACGACGGUGCAGUCGCAGUGAAUCUGUCGGGUUUUAUGACGCUACUGAUAAAAAGAAGAGCGACUUAACUAGGACCUGGACCUACAGAGACAAUCCUGACAAACAUGUCCACUUUGCUGCCGACACCAGGAGCUUAAACAAGUGUCAGGACACAAACAUGGAUGUGUGGGAGAUGCUUGGCUAUGUCCUCCAGGAAAGAGGUGUCCCUGUGAGGCUCGGUGGCAAUGGAGCACCCCUGAAAAUAGGUCCUCAAAGCAGAGACAGGACUGAGAUCUCCUAUGGCGACUCCCAACCCCAUCAGACGGCCUUCCAAAGAACUGCCUCCGCCAGACACAGUUUCCAUGGAGACAUUAGGGAAAGGAAGAGAUUAUUUUACAGGGAGAACAGUGAGUGGGAUCACAGAGGAACUAAAGACAGCCAUCAUAACAUUUUGCUGCAUGACAGACAGCUUUAUGAUAUAAAUAGCAGAGACUCGUGUCUGUCCAACAGAGAGAGGCGGGGCAGUAGCAGUUUUAGAGCACUUAGAAGUCCUGACAAUGAGUACGAGAGGGGAAGCAGUUCCAGCAAUGAUGGAGUCAAGAGAACAACUGGCAGGCCUUGGCACAGUACAGUAGAACAUUUCAGUACUAUUGAUGAGAUGGAAAGGGGAGUAGAGCAGCCUCUUCGCAGACCCCUCUGCAGCAGAUGGUCCAGGUCAAGACGCAUGGCAGCAGUGGCAUCACUAAAACCCAAGAAAGAGCAGACAAGCUUGGACAUGGGAGAACUCCGGCAGGUACUACAGGAUGAAGAGGUGGCCCGCAAGAUGCAAGAGGAAGAAUCAAAGUUGUUUUUGAGGACCUCACAGUCCACGCCAUGUAGAUGUCACCCACAGGGAGACUUCCGCGUCGCACAAGUGGCCCAGGACGAGGAAAUCGCUCAUUACAUGCAAAAGCAAGAAGUAAAGUCACACCGCAGAUCACGUGAUCUCGAAGGACCGGCAUCAUGGCGCGAACACAGAGCUAUGAUGAGUCUGCACGAUAGGAGAAGUGCAAGAGAGAGACAGGUGCAGAGAGAGAGGCUCGAUUCUGAGGGGUUUCCUUCUCCCACAGAGGACUGUCCCCCAGAGAACCAGCCUCCCAGCCCCGUCUCCACACUACCACAACCCCAGCAGCAAAGGAACAUUGCGGAGGAGCUGGACCCGACCUUCCAGACCAGGAGGCAAGGCGCAGACAUCCUCCAAAUAGGACAAAGCGGCCCCAUCAGUCAGUCACUUCCCGCGCCACAUGCAGGCCUGCAGGACUUUCCCCAGGAGCCAAACUUCAUCCCGCCAACCAAGCGCCCGACAGACAAACAAGGACGCACUAAACCCAAAGAAAAGAAAGAAAAUUGUAAGCAACAAUAAUCUUCCAGCAUUAUGACUUUUUUUUGUACUAAACACUUACACCAAUA